CCCCGGCUUGGCUCUGUGACUGCUCUUCCACGUGACUCUGAGUGACUCUGAUCCUCGUGCACCACUGCACCCCCUCCCAGGUCUCUGCCCCAGAGCUGCCCCUCCUGUUCCCUGGCCCCGCCCUCUCCCAUCACCCCAGGCUGUCCCCUCUUCCAGAGCCCAGGCGAGGGAGGCUGUAGAGGCAGCAGCAGAGGCGGCAGUGGCAGCGGCUGGAGUGAGUGACCAAGAGCAGAUCUGGGACAGGCCGCACUGCCCCUUCUAGACCAGCCCCUCCGCCCCCGAUGCCCCGCCGCCGUCACGAUGCUGAACUGUCCGCCUUGGCGACUGCUGCUGCUGCUCUUGUGGUGGGGGCCGCUGCUCCGGAGGGCGAAGACAGGCUCUGUCGGGGAGACGGCGGGGGAGCUGUACCAGCGCUGGGAACGGUACCGCAGAGAGUGCCAAGAGACAUUGGAAGCCUUGGACCCCCCAGCAGGCCUCGCCUGUAACGCGUCCUUCGAUAUGUACGUCUGCUGGGACUACGCUGCCCCCAACGAUACUGCCCGUGUGUCCUGCCCCUGGUACCUGCCCUGGCAUCGUCAUGUGGCUGCAGGCUUUGUCCUCCGCCAGUGCAGCAGUGAUGGCCAAUGGGGACCUUGGAGAGACCAUUCGCAGUGUGAGAAUCCAGAAAAGAAUGGGGUCUUUCAGGAUCAACGGCUGAUUCUGGAGCGGCUGCAGGUCAUGUACACCGUGGGCUACUCCCUGUCCCUUGCCACGCUGCUGCUAGCCCUACUCAUCUUGAGUUUCUUAAGGCGGCUACGCUGCACUCGCAACUACAUCCACAUCAACCUGUUCACGUCUUUCAUGCUGCGGGCGACGGCCAUCCUCACCCGAGACCGUUUGCUACCUCCACUGGGCCCCUACCCCGGGGGCCAGGCCCCUGUCCCGUGGAACCUGGCCCUCGCUGCCUGCCGCACAGCCCAGAUCGUGACCCAGUACUGCGUGGGUGCCAACUACACGUGGCUGCUGGUGGAGGGUGUCUACCUACACAGUCUCUUGGUGCUUGUGGGAGGUUCCGAGGGGGGCCACUUCCGCUGCUACCUGCUUCUCGGCUGGGGGGCCCCCGCGCUUUUCGUCAUUCCCUGGGUGAUCGUCAGGUACCUGUACGAGAAUACGCAGUGCUGGGAACGGAACGAUGUCAAGGCCAUUUGGUGGAUCAUACGCACCCCCAUCCUCAUGACCAUCUUGAUUAAUUUCCUCAUCUUCAUUCGCAUUCUUGGCAUCCUCGUGUCCAAACUGAGGACGCGACAGAUGCGCUGCCCGGACUACCGGUUGAGGCUGGCUCGCUCUACGCUGACGCUGGUACCCCUGCUGGGCGUCCACGAGGUGGUGUUUGCUCCGGUGACAGAGGAACAGGCCCGGGGUGCCCUGCGCUUCACCAAGCUCGGCUUUGAGAUCUUCCUCAGCUCGUUCCAGGGCUUCAUUGUCAGCGUUUUGUAUUGCUUCAUCAACAAGGAGGUAGGGACUGCCCCGGCUCGCCGCCCGCGCCCUCUGGCGGCCGCGCAGGGAACGGACCGGAGCGAGGGGAACGUUCUGAACGCGGUCACCCUGCAGGUGCAGUCGGAGAUCCGCCGCUGCUGGCACCGCUGCCGCCUGCGCCACAGCCUCGGGGAGGAGCGCCGCCAGCCACUGGAGCGCGCCUCUGGGAUCCUGCCCUCUGGCUCAGGCCCCUGCCGGGGCGGCCCUGACUGCGCCCUGUCCUUGGGGACCCUCCCAGGGCCUGGGGAUGAGGCCAGCCGGGUCUUGGAAAGUUACUGCUAGGCAGCGGGAUGCUGUGUCCAUUCGGAUUCGCAUGCAUUUGUUGAGAGCCUACUGUGUACCAGGCCCAGCAUGGAGGGCGCUGGAGAAACUGGGGUGCGGUGGGAGGGGGAAACAAGACAAGGUCCCUGUUCUCCUAGAGUUCACAGGUCAUAAUGUGGGGGGAGGGUGGGCAGCAAAGAUAGCUAAGUUAGACACACACUGUGGAAUGGCUAAUGAGGGAAAAUUAGAAGGAAGCCUAAGGUGGUCCAGGAGGGCAUCUCUGAGGAGGUGACACUUAAGCCAUGCCUGCAAGAGGUGAAGGAGACCCUUUGGGAAGAAGAUUCUAGGCUGAAGGAACAGCAUCUGCAAAGGCCUUUCCACCACAAAGAGCUUGGCACUGCCUGAGGACCAGACAGGACCAGACGCUGCCAUGUGAUGAGACAGAUUACUAGGGGCAGGAGAGGCAGCUGCCGAGGGGUGUGAAGUGGUUGGACUCUGGUGGUAUUUAAAGGCAGAACUGAGAAUUUGCCACCUCUUUGCACGAGAAGUCAACGAAGAUUUCUAGGUUUGGGAUGGUAGAGAGAGGGAGAUGGGGUCAGGCUGGGGAAAAGGCACUGGAGCUCACAGGAGA